AUGGCUUGGUGUCGCGUGUCGCGGCGUACUCCGAUGUCGCGCAUGUCGGCGCCGCGGCGCCCCGUUGUCGCCUGCCGUUUCGGGAUCCUCCGAGCACUCUAUCUAUAUAGGUAUAUAUCUCAUCACACCCAUCUCCAACAUACCAAAUUCUCUUCUUCUUUCCUCAUGCCUUCUUGUAUCGGCUGGUCCGUCGAGGACUGGAAGCAAUAUCAUUACAGCGCCACGCCAGAUGAUUCCUUUGCGUUGUUGCUGCAACUCCUAAGCUCGCAGAGCCAAAGUGAUCCAGCGUGGAUUUCGCUUGCGUCCAAGGAAAGCUUACUGCACCAAUGGCGUUUCCUCCAGUCACACUCGGACAAGACAAGUCUCCCGCUUUACGGUGUCCCCGUUGCGGUCAAGGACAACAUCGAUGUCAAAGGAAUGGAAACGACUGCGGCAUGUCCAUCUUUUGCCUAUUCUCCAACUGAAGACGCUACGACGGUUCGUCUUUUGCGCAGUGCCGGUGCCAUUGUCAUUGGCAAGACCAACUUGGACCAGUUUGCCACUGGUCUUGUGGGCACUAGAUCGCCAUACGGCAUCACGCCCAACACUUUCGACUCUCGAUAUGUGUGCGGCGGCUCUUCCGCCGGAUCAGCGUCGGUGGUUGCCCGCGGAAUUGUUCCGCUUUCGUUGGGCACAGACACGGCUGGCUCGGGCCGUGUUCCAGCGGCAUUGAACAACUUGAUCGGACUCAAACCGACCAAAGGUGUUUUCUCGGCCGCAGGAGUAGUGCCUGCUUGCAAGUCCUUGGACUGUGUUUCUGUGUUUGCGCAGAAUUUGCAAGACGCCCAGAUGGCAUUCAACAUUUUGGCGCAGGCCGACGGGGCGCACGACGCAUAUUCUCGCGCCAUGCCGCCCAACGCCCGCUUGACAUUUGGCCCGAGCGCGCGCGUGGCCGUGCCCAAAGAGUUGGUUUGGUGCGGCGAAGAGGAAAACCCGGCCUUAUUUGAGCGCGCUGUUUCGCAUGUCGCUAGCACAGGCAGUGAGAUUUCCUCCAUCGAUAUUGGGCCUUUGCUCGACUUGGCCAAGUGCCUCUACGAGGGUCCUUGGGUCGCGGAGCGGUACUGGGCGGCGCGCGAAUUUUUGGCGUCCAACCCGCCCGAAAAGGACUUGGAUCCGACCGUCGCCCGCAUCAUUCGCGGCGGCGAAAAGUACUCGGCCGCCGAUGCCUUUGGCUUCGAGUACAAGCGCCAGGCGAUUUUGCAGAAAGUCCGCCCUCUCUUGGAAAAUGUCGAUGUUCUCGUGCUUCCGACUGCUCCUUUGACGCCUACCAUUGAACAAGUCCAAAAGGAUCCUAUCGGUGUCAACUCUUGUCAAGGCACAUACACCAACUUUGUCAAUUUGGCCGACUUGUCUGCCUUGGCCGUACCUGCCGGUUUCCGUAAAGACGGCGUUCCUUUCGGCAUCACUUUCCUUUCCCAAGCCUACAACGACUAUGCGUUGUUAGACUUUGCCGAAAAAUACAUGAAGGCAUACACGGCCGAAAUUCCUCGUCUCCAAGGCUGCCUCGACAAGCCUGUCGGGUUACGGGACGAGAUUUUCUCUCCUUUCUCCUUGCCCAAGCCCGUGUUAUCAAAAACCGUCACCUUGGCCGUUGUCGGCGCCCACUUGAAAGGUUUCCCCUUGCACUGGCAAUUGGAAAAAGUGCAUGCCACUUUUGUCGAGGCCACAACCACUCUGAGCAACUAUCGCUUGUAUGCCUUGGCGAAGAGCGGGCCUGUUGCUAAGCCUGGCCUUAGAAGAGUCAGCGACGGAGUGAAGAUCGCUGUCGAGGUGUACGAGAUUCCAGAAGAGAACUUUGGCCGUUUCAUCUCCUAUGUGCCAGAACCUUUGGGUAUUGGUUCGGCUGAGUUGGCCUCGGGAAAAUGGGUCAAGUCUUUUAUCUGCGAAGAAGUUGGCUAUACUCUGGGUGCCACGGACAUUUCCGAGUUUGGCGGCUGGAAACGCUACCACGAGCAUCUUGCACGGAGCAAAAAGCCAUUUGAGUCUGUUCUUGUCGCCAACAGAGGAGAAAUUGCUGUCCGCAUAAUCAAAACUUUGAAAAAAUUGCAAAUCCGUGCCAUCGCUGUCUAUUCUGACCCUGACCGGUACUCUAAGCAUGUUCUUAUGGCCGAUGAGGCGAUUGCCUUGGGCGGAACCUCUGCCGCAGAAACGUAUAUCAACAUUGAAAAGAUUAUCAAUGCCGUGAGAAAAAGUGGUGCACAAGCAGUCAUUCCGGGCUACGGUUUCUUGUCAGAAAACGCCGAUUUUGCCGACCGCUGUGCUCGUGAAAAGAUUGUUUUUGUUGGCCCAUCCGGCGAUGCCAUUAGAAAGCUUGGAUUGAAACAUUCGGCAAGAGAAAUUGCCGAGAAGGCUGGUGUUCCGCUUGUUCCAGGUUCUGGCCUUGUGUCUUCACCAGAGGAAGCCAGACGUAUUGCUGCUGCCCUCGAAUACCCUGUGAUGGUCAAAUCGACCGCUGGAGGUGGAGGUAUCGGAUUGCAGAAGGUUGACUCAGAAGAGGACAUUGAGCGUGUUUUCCAAACCGUUCAACAUCAAGGCCAGUCUUACUUCGGUGAUGCCGGUGUGUUUUUGGAACGUUUUGUCGAGAAUGCUCGUCACGUUGAAAUUCAAAUGUUCGGUGACGGAUACGGAAAGGCCAUCGCUUUGGGCGAGCGUGACUGUUCGUUGCAGCGCCGUAACCAGAAGAUUGUCGAAGAAACACCAGCACCAAACUUGCCUGAAGCGACUCGCCAGAAAAUGCGUUCGGCCGCUGAAGCAUUGGGUUCGCUGAUGAACUAUAAGUGUGCUGGAACUGUCGAGUUCAUCUAUGACGAGCGCAGAGACGAAUUUUACUUUUUGGAAGUCAACGCCCGUUUGCAAGUCGAGCACCCCAUCACCGAAAUGGUCACCGGGCUCGAUUUGGUUGAAUGGAUGUUGUUGAUUGCCGCAGACACCCCACCAGACUUUUCUCAGAAAAUCACAGUCACCGGCGCCUCCAUGGAAGCCCGUUUGUAUGCUGAAAACCCAGUGAAGGGCUUUGUUCCUUCCCCUGGGCAGCUUUCAGACGUCAAGUUCCCUCUGUUUGCCCGUGUGGACACUUGGGUGGAGAAGGGAACCGUUGUGAGUGCCGAGUACGACCCCACAUUGGCGAAGAUCAUUGUCCACGGCACAGACCGUGCCAAUGCCCUCCAAAAGUUGCGCCAGGCGCUUGACGAAACUGCAGUUUCGGGCUGUGUCACCAACAUCGACUAUCUUCGGUCCAUCGCCCACUCGGACAUGUUUGCAUCUGCGCAAGUAUCCACCAAGGUUUUGGAUUCCUAUGAUUACCGUCCAGCUGCCUUUGAAAUUGUGGCCCCUGGUGCUUACACAACUGUGCAAGACUUGGGUCGUAAAGGUUACUGGCACAUUGGUGUUCCUCCAUCAGGAUGCAUGGAUGAAUACGCUUUCCGUCUCGCUAACAGAGCAGUGGGCAAUGCUCCAGCGUCUCCGGGCUUGGAAAUUACCUUGGCUGGCCCGCUGUUAGUGUUCCAUUGUGAUGCAGUGGUUGCAGUGGCUGGAGGCGAGACCGACGUGAAAGUGAAUGGUACUGCCGUCUCCCAAUGGGCGCCAGUUCUGGUGAAGAAGGGCGACAAGCUCGAGAUUGGCAAGUUGCGUGCGGGCUGCCGUGCAUACUUGGCCGUUCGGGGCGGAAUCGACGUUGCAGAAUACUUGGGCCUGAGAUCGACAUUUGCUCUUGGAAACUUGGGUGGUCACAAUGGCCGCGUGUUGAAAGUCGGUGACGUUUUAUUCUUGGCCCGUCCGGAAUUGCCUAGCUGCACUUUGCCCGGUCCAGUUUCGGCACCUGAAAGCGUGCCCAAGUCGCUUGUCCCUGCUUACCCUAACCAGUGGCGUGUGGGUGUGACCUGCGGUCCUCACGGUGCCCCAGAUUUCUUUACCGAAAAAUCCGUGGAGCAGUUUUUCGCCUCGCCAUGGAAAGUGCACUACAACUCGAACAGAUUUGGUGUGCGGUUGAUUGGCCCAAAGCCAGAAUGGGCCCGUAAGGACGGAGGAGAUGCUGGAUUGCACCCUUCGAAUGCCCACGACUAUGUUUACUCGCUUGGUGCAAUCAACUUCACAGGUGACGAGCCAGUGAUUUUGACAUGCGAUGGACCUUCGCUUGGUGGAUUUGUUUGUAUGGCUGUGGUGGCAGAAGCGGAAAUGUGGAAGAUCGGCCAAGUCAAGCCGGGCGACUCGAUCCAGUUUGUGCCUCUCAGCUACGCCGAAGCGAGAAAGUUGAAGGCCGAGCAAGACAAGGCAAUCGACUCCUUGUCGGGCGACUUACCAGACUUCACUGCCUUGCCUGCUCCUGAAGAGCCUGUAUUGGCCCGCUUGGAAAAAUCGGCGGCUCCAUCCAUCGUCUAUCGCCAGGCUGGUGAUCGGUACAUCUUGGUAGAGUAUGGUGAAAAUACCAUGGACCUCAAUGUCGCUUACCGGGUGCACAAGUUGAUUGAGAUGGUGGAACAGUUGUCUGUCCACGGCGUGGUGGAGAUGUCUCGUGGUGUUCGUUCUGUGUUGAUUGAAUACUGCGACAUCAGCCAGCAGCAGUUGUUGCAGACGUUGCUUUCUCUUGAAAAGGAAAUCGUCUUUGUCAACAAGUGGAAAGUGCCCUCGCGCGUGAUUCGCUUGCCCAUGGCUUUUGAAGAUGAGAAAACUUUGGGCGCCGUGAAAAGAUACCAGGAAACUAUCCGCAGCUCAGCACCUUGGUUACCCAACAACGUGGACUUUAUUGCGUCCAUCAACGGAAUGGAACGUGACUCCGUCCGCGACAUGUUGUACUGUGCUCGGUUUAUGGUUUUGGGUCUCGGUGAUGUUUUCUUGGGAGCUCCUUGUGCUGUUCCUUUGGACCCAAGACACCGUCUUUUGGGCACAAAGUACAAUCCUUCGCGUACCUUCACUCCAAACGGAACUGUUGGUAUUGGUGGCUCUUACAUGUGUAUUUACACCAUGGAAUCUCCAGGUGGAUACCAAUUGGUGGGCCGUACCAUCCCAAUCUGGGACAAGCUCACUUUGGGUGUACACUCCAAACAUCCAUGGUUGUUGAACCCAUUCGACCAGAUUGAGUUCUACCCUGUUUCUGAGGCCGAAAUUGACGCAAUGACCCGUGAAAUGGAAGCUGGUAAGUUCUCUGUUGAGAUUGAGGAUUCUGUUUUUGAUCACGAACAGUACUUGCACUGGAUCCAAGAGAACUCUGCUUCGAUCGAGGAGUUCCAGCGCAACCAGGGCGGCGAGAAACUUGAGGAAUUCAGCCGUUUGAUUCAAGUGUCUAACGCAGAGUUGGAGUCCUCGAGCUCCGGUCCUGACUUGUCAACGUCAGAGUUUAGUGACGAUGCCGUCAUGGUUUACUCAGAGUAUUCUGGUAGAUUCUGGAAACCUUUGGUUGAAGUGGGCGACGAAGUUAAAGAGGGCCAAGGCUUGAUUGUGGUGGAAGCCAUGAAGACAGAAAUGGUGGUGCUGGCUCCAAAGGGCGGGAAGGUGGUGAAGAUUUUCCACAAGAAUGGUGACAUGGUGGAUGCUGGCGAUUUGGUUGUGGUUGUAGAGUAG